GGCGAACAAACGUCAACCUGUUGUUUGUCCCGUCACCAUUUAUCAACUCUCAACACUACAAGGAAGUGCGGCACCCACACGUGCUCAGAAAGUUCAGCAUGCAGGAAGUUUGGGAGAGCUAGGCGAUUAGCACAGCAGCCGGGCCAGCGCUGGGCGAGCGCAGGCGGCAGAAGCGUGGCGCCUCUCGGUGCAGCGUCAGUCCCCGGAGCUUCUCCCGGAUUUUUCUUAGAGCCUCAGUGUCCCUCGGUCACCGAUCCCCAAUGCACCGGCUCAUCCUCGUCUGCACUCUAGUCUGCGCAAACUUUUUCAGCUAUCGGGACACUUCUGCAGCUCCACAGAGCGCCUCCAUCAAAGCUUUGCGCAACGCCAACCUCAGACGAGAUGAGAGCAAUCACCUCACAGACUUGUACCGAAGAGACGAAACCAUCCAGGUGACAGGAAAUGGCCAUGUGCAGAGUCCCCGGUUCCCAAACAGCUACCCCAGGAACCUGCUCCUGACGUGGCGGCUCCAUUCCCAGGAGAAAACGAGGAUACAGCUAGCCUUUGACAAUCAGUUUGGAUUAGAAGAAGCAGAAAAUGAUAUCUGUCGGUAUGAUUUUGUGGAAGUUGAAGACAUAUCCGAAACCAGUACCAUUAUUAGAGGACGCUGGUGUGGACACAAGGAAGUUCCUCCGAGGAUAACAUCAAGAACAAACCAAAUUAAAAUAACAUUUAAGUCUGAUGACUACUUUGUGGCUAAACCUGGAUUCAAGAUCUAUUAUUCUUUUGUGGAAGACUUCCAACCCGAAGCAGCCUCAGAGACCAACUGGGAGUCGGUCACAAGCUCUAUCUCAGGGGUGUCCUAUAACUCUCCAUCAGUAACGGACCCCACUCUCACCGCGGAUGCUCUGGACAGAACAGUCGCACAGUUCGAUACUGUGGAAGAUCUGCUCAAGCACUUCAGUCCUGAAUCGUGGCAAGAAGAUCUUGAAAAUCUGUAUUUGGACACCCCUCAUUAUCGAGGCAGGUCAUACCAUGACAGGAAGUCAAAAGUUGACCUGGACAGGCUCAAUGAUGAUGUCAAGCGUUACAGUUGCACUCCCAGGAAUUACUCGGUAAACAUACGAGAGGAGCUGAAGCUGACCAAUGCAGUAUUCUUUCCACGCUGUCUCCUUGUGCAGCGCUGUGGAGGAAACUGUGGCUGUGGGACUGUCAGCUGGAAGUCCUGCAAGUGCAAUUCGGGGAAAACUGUGAAAAAGUAUCAUGAGGUGUUAAAGUUUGAGCCGGGCCAUUUCAGGAAGAGGGGCAGAUCGAAUUACAUGGCUCUCGUUGACAUCCAGUUGGAUCACCAUGAGCUGUGUGAUUGUAUCUGCAGUUCCAGACCACCUCGAUAAAUGAAUGUGCGCAUACAUUAGGCAUGAAAGACCUUUUAGUUUAAGGAGGGUGUGGUAAGAGAUCCUUUUCCCACCAGCAACCGAACUUACUAUUAGACUGCAAAGCAAUAAAUACAAAUGGUCGCUGAGUUUCACCAUAGCUUUGUUAGUGCUCUGGCAAGUAGAAAGGUAUAUCAUCAACCGCUAUAACCCAGAAUAUAGGAUUGCAUUUAAUAAUAGUUAUUAAACUAUCCCAUGGAAUAUGAGGAUAUAUCCAUGUCUCUCAGUAAAUAGAUCAAAUGGUUUAUCAGAAUAUAUAACCAGGACACCAGAGCUUACAAUAAGUUUGAGUCAUUUAGAUCCUUAAAAUAUUUUGAAAAAACAAGAGACAUAUUAAAUACACGAAACACAUCUUUGAGAUAUUUGGAAGGUUAAUUUAUUUUUAAAUCUUGAAUCACAAAACAAUUUUGGAUUUUGUUUUUAAUAUAAUCACCUUAUAUAUUAAAAACCAAUAAAUGAGCUUUUUAUAUAUACACCUUAAUUCUGAAAAAAGGAAAAAUACAGUUUCUGGGGAGAAAGCACAAACCAAACCAUUUUUUCCAUGAGAUACACUACAUGUUUACCUAUAUAGACAAUAAUUACUGGUCUUCAAAAGCAUGCCAUAAAAAUAUAGAUGCUUUAGAAAUUAAAUAAUUUGAUCUUAUUUUUAUGCAUCUUACUGAAGCAUUCAAAUUCAUAUAACUCUAGUCUCAAUUUUUUUUCUCAAAAGAUUUAUUAUUAUAAUCCUACAGAAGACAGUUUAUAAGCUGUAGCAGAAAUUUUCAUUGUUCCCAAAAAUCCACCCACGGAAGUAACUUCUUUGGAGAAUGGCAGGGAGAUUCUGCACCAGCCUUUCAGAACACUGUUCAUUGAAAUAUUUGGGCAGUUAAAAGUCAAAAAAUUAAGCAUUGAGGUAUUAACCUAACUGGAAAUUGGAUGGAAAAUUUGUUAGUAUCCAUAGUUAAUAAUGGAUUCAAACUCUCAAAACUGUGCUAAUCAAUUUUGUGUAUUUCCUUUUGUGUUCCUGUCUCUUUGAUAUACAGACAUGGAAUUACAACGCCAUCAUGGAUUAUUUAUAGCCUGAAAGGUUUUGUGUAUUAAAACAACUCAAAAUUUUUUAUGUAAAUCCCUAAACAUGAAGUCACUCACCAUUUCUGAUUCCCUGUUUUUGAACUAAGUGAUAUCAGAUCUGGGGUCUCUAGUUCUUUUCCAAAUCUGUGGAGCUUGUUCUAAGAAGACACAUUGCAAAUUGUGAGUGCACAAGUUUGGCCCUGCUCUACCUCUGCAAAACUGUUUUUGCGUUGAUGGCUAUUAUUGGUAUUUAGAAUAAUUUUUCCUCUCUGGCUCCUUACUGUCUGUCUGCUUUAAAGGAGACCAACUCCAGGAGUAGGAAGUGAUUCAUCAUUCUCCAAGACAAGACUCUUAAGAGAGCAACAUUGAAAUCAAGAUAGCUCCAGGGUGCUCAGAGAGGACUGCAUUUUUCUUCCUACCUUGAAAGAAAAAAGGAAAGCCAAUUUCUUCUGUGAGUCCAGGGCCCUACUGACUAAAUCCAGUUUGAAUGAGGGGCAUGUGGCAGGAGCUUGUUCUGUCCCGGUGUCAGGUGAGUGGCCACUUGGAUUUUUAAGCAUGGUGCUCUCAGAACCAAAUUCUCAACUACACUUAGCUCAUUUCUACUCAGUUUUUUUGAGAUGAAAGGCCAAUGCUUAUUGAAGAUAUGCCUUCAAAAAAUCCCUAAAAGUAUCCAGGGUUUUUACCUCAGGGAGGUGAGUGAUAAAAUUAAAUAGGUUGGUCAGUUGUCCAAAAUGUCCGUGUACCAUCAGAAGUAGCUGAGACAGACAUUGUAAUAACCAGGCACCACUCUGCCCCUUCACAGCCAUUUGCAAGCUUCCUUGAAAGUAUUGGAUUCCUGUACAAAAAUCAAAAUGUGUUACAUCACACUAACUUGUUCAGCUUACGUUGUGUCAUGAAAAAUGAAAG